UUAACGAUACCCGCGUAAAAAGGUUUUGUUUGUUAUUGCUGUUAGUGAAAAACAAUACAAUAGACAAUAAUAAUUUGAGUAAUUGUGAAGAUCAUGAGACAAAGCCAGUAAGCACAAAAAAGAGAAAAUGUACGGGUCGGGUAAGAGAUGCUACCAAGUUAAUAAGGCUUCAGUUACAUCUAACUGGUGAUGCCUGUCAAUGCCGACGAUACAGAUGUUUUGAAAAAAUAACUGCAGAUGAAAGCAUGGACAUUGUACCAAAGUUUAAUCUAAUAAAAAGUUGGAAUGAUCAAACAGCCUAUUUAACAGGUCUAAUUUCUCUUUGUCCAGUGGCUCAGCGCCGACCUCAAUUACCGGAAGAUGAGAGUGUCCUGAGAACUUCAACGUUUUAUUACAAGGUGCGUAUAGUUCGUGAGAAUGUAGCAGUUGAAGAGCGAGUUUGCAAGAAUGCGUUUGUUUCUCUACAUGGUUUAACAAGACGUAGAAUAAAAACCAUACAAAAGAGUCUCCAGAAGAGUGGAACUGCACCUAUUGAUAAACGCGGCAGACAUUUGAAUAGAAAACACAAACUAAGCGUUGAAACUAAAAACAAAAUUUUAGAACACAAUAAAAGUUUCAAGACUCGAUUAAGUCACUACAGUCUUAAUAAAAUUAAGAGAAUUUAUUUAUCUGCCGAGUUAAAUGUGAAAAAAAUGUGUGAUAUGUUUAAAGAAAAAUUUCCUCAAGUUAAGGCUAGUUAUGAAACUAACCGCUCCAUAUUUUGCAGCAAGUUUAAUAUAUCCUUUGGAUAUCCGCGUAGUGAUACUUGUAGCUUCUGCGACCAAUUAAAAGUACAGAUUGAUGCAUGCCACGAGGAAAAGGGGAUUAAGGAUUUGAUAAUUCAACAAAAACUACAUCUAGCGAAAGCCGAGGUAUUCUACGCACGUAAAAAGCAGGCCAGGUUGAGGAGUCGAACAAAGGCAGACACAGAAGCAAUAUGCAUGGAUUUCGGAAGAAAUUUGCCCAUGCCGAAUUUAUCUACGAAUGAUGUGUACUACAGCCGGCAGUUAUCAUUAUUUUCAUUUAUUGUACACAAGCUCUCAAAUUCUGAAGUAUUCUUCUAUGCUUAUCCUGAGACAGUAGAAAAAAAGGGCGCGAAUGAAUUCUGCUCAUUUUUUGUCCACACGUCCAAUCCGGCAAUUAAAAUUACCAAGGAACAUCCUCGCUUAGUUUUUCAUCGAGAUACUUACAUUGGUCUUUGGAACUCGUCAGUUAUUGUACCUCCAAGAAAAAAGAGAAUCACUGGUCCGCCGCUACCCGACGGUCAGUUUUACCACCCACCAGUCGCAACUUUUGAUGAUACACCUAUCCCUUUGGAGAAAUACAAGGACCUGCAGAACUUUAAAAAAUUUUGCACCCCAGAGAGUCAGCUUUUUAUUCUAAUUUAAAACACAACUUUUUCCGUUCAUCCCAUAAGAACCGAAUCCAGAAGAGAAGUUUUAUUUUUGUUUAUUAUGACAACCAUUCUUUUAUAAAUACCUACAUAUAAAUAAAAUAAUACAUUAUAGUUUAUGUUUGGUAAAUAAAUAACAGAGUAUAAAUAAUUAUUUAAGCAA